AUGGGAUUAGAAAUCUUAAUUCCCGGUUCCAACAAGAAAAAAUACUACAAUCCUCCACGUCGUGCUCCCGAACACCUUUAUAAAUCCGGUCUCCGAACCAUCCUUUUGAUUGAGACAUACCGUUCGGAUCCUGAGUCUGGCUUGAAGGAAUUCCAUUACUCUGUUCAUCCAAAGAGUCUCCCAAUAGAGUUAAGAAGGCAUGACAUGGCUGGUAUUAUCGUCGAGUACUAUCGCCCACCUCCGGAGGACCCAAGACCCAAAGUCUACCUUAUUGAAGAUGAAUUUGAUACCUCGGUCCUCGGGGACCCCUAUGAGAUGAAGUAUACCGCCGUCUAUCCGGAGAGUUAUAAGGGCCUCGUGCCUUAUUACGUGGGGUGCGAGAGAUUGGAGUCAGGCGAGUUUGAUCGCCCACUAAAGGACAGGGCUUUGGAGGCUGGUGGGGGGUUAGGUGAUUGUAGUGGGAUCUCAAGCCAGGUUAAUUAUAAGCAUGGGUGGUCUGAGCCUAGGCGUAGAAUAUAUCACCGAGGGCCGCCCAAACUAAGCUCUCAUGAUGGUUUAGCUACACAGGUUUAA